CACUUACUACUUGUACAUAUUCGUACAUAUUCAUUCUAUUAAACUUUUGACCUCACAUUCCUGCCCAGGACGAUUUAAGCAACUCACCCAAAAAAAAUGUUCUGGAUGCGAUUUCUCACAUUCUAGACGCUACCUUCACUCGGAUGCACCACCAGGUGCUCCUGGCGCAUUCCUCAUCAUGGCCCCCUCCACAGUCUUCUCCUACUGGCGUCGCGACCACCGCCGAUCGAGCGCAUCCCUCGUUUCUUCGUCCGUUGCGCAGCCCACGGCAAAAGGCCUAGUGGUAUCCCACACUCCUCCGCAACUCCCCGUCAUUCCGAAUAACACAGCAACUCUUCCCGCUUUCGCCGACCCCUCACCAGCCGCCGAAGGACCGAGCCCAAUCGAUCCGACGUCGGAUUCGAAGAGAACAGCUACCGUGUCAGCGAGCCCAAUUAAUGCGCCCGCUUCUACCUCCGCCAACCUUGCAGUGGCCUCCUCGUCGUUCGAGAAUCACACCCUGCGCGACUCCAGCUCUGAAGAUCGUGAUCGAGAUCCAGCCCUCACCUCCCAGUCCAAUUACUCGCAGUCAUCCUUUACAGUUUCGCGUCCGCACCAUGGGGACGGAGAUAUCCCCCGAACGAGCUCUCCCUUUCGGCUUUCCAUAGGCAAAAACCUACUUUCGUCCCAUCACCAAGCCUCCGAUCCCCACCUCAAACGAUACUCGACCCCCAGCAUGCCGUCCUCGAGUCACCCGUUCAGGUUCAAGACCUCUCCCGAUAUAACAUCGCCCGCCGAUAAGACCGCCACCUCGCAGCGCGACUACAAGAGUGAUGGCGGCAGCCAUCGUCGGCAGGGAGACCGGGACAAUCUGGGGCCAGAACAUGGCCAUCACAAGUCGGGCAAAACCAGGCUGCAUCUACUGAAUCCCAUGUCACUCCUCGCCCGGAGGCGCUCGCACCAGGGAACAAGCCUCCGCACAGCUGACACCACAAACUCCGCCCGCAACCUGGUCCCGGCGAUCCCCGACGAUUACGAUCCCCGGAUUCGCGGGAAGAUCGUCCAUGACUUCUCUGCGCCGCGUCCGCGUCGCAAUCACUCCACGCCUCCGGUACUGCUCCGCGACGCCUAUCAUCAGUCGCCCAGCGAGCCGAUUGCCCCCUGUGCCGAUCAGGCAGCCCACGCCACCCAACACAAUGAGCAAGCCAGGCGGCACACAGAAUAUUCACCCGUGUUCAAGGAACACUUCGAGGAGGACAGCCAGCAGGUGUUGCAAGUCGAGAGCAAAGCCUAUCUGCAGUCCUCUCUGUUGACAGAUCCCUCGCUGGCGGAACCCGAUUCCAGCGCGCUCCCCGUGUUUGCUCGGAAGUUGCCCUCAACGAUCCCGGAGGAGAGCGGGCCUGCGGAGUCGCCCGAUGAGCAGGUCGGAGCCAAGGACGAUACAGAAGACCAGUCCGAGAAGCAACAGGAGCCUGCCGCUGGACAUGACGAGGACACCAUCGAGAUGAUGCCUCACCAGUCCCUGGGCCUGCCCAAGCACUUCAAGAGUAAUGCUUCUCGUUUCAGUUUUGACAUGAACGGCGUGGAGUCGUCGGCGCAGGAGAAGCUUCUGGAGGAGAAACACAAAGAAAAGGAGGCCGCGCGAAGGGCCAAGGCCCAGUUGGAAGAUCCGGGCUUCAGCGACGGCGAAGACUUCGAUGCCGAUAUCCUCGAUGACAUGUACGACUUUGAAGAGAAGAUCCCCGGGGUGAAUGUCGAUGCAGACGAGGACUAUGAGUUUCAGGGCUUCUCGGGCACGGGCAACAUCCUCAAUAAGUCGUGGCUGGCUCCCGAACUCUCCCCUGUCGUCGGGACCCCGCUAACACCCGGGAUUCCGGGGUAUGAUGGUGCUGGAGAUUCUCCUGCUCCUGUGGCGGAAGACUUCCCAAAUCCGUCGAACGGAGAGCCGGCGGCGGCUCCUGAGCAUGAUUCCAGCAUUCAGUCUUUGCCUACGCCGACGGCAUCGUCUGUUGAGACUCCGCAAUUGGUUCAGAGUGUACAGCCAAUGGCUCCACAGCCGAUUGACGACGAAGAUGAUUUGUAUUUCGACGACGGGGAGUUCGGUGACUUGACCACUGAGGGCGAGAAAUUCGAUGAGUCGGUAUUUGACGAUGAAACUAGUCAUCUGUAUGAGCGGAAGCCAGUCACUCCGCAGCCGAUACAGGAGGACGAAGAUGAUUUGUAUUUCGAUGAUGGAGAGUUCGGCGAGCUGACUACUCAGGGCGAGAGAUUUGACGAGUCGGAGGCACUAUCGGAGAACAAUGGCGGUCUCCGACAUGCUCCAAGCAUAGCAAGCGAGUAUCAAGCAGACACAUCUAGGAUUUACGGCCACACCCUGGAGGCACUGACGGACCUUGCGCCUCCAAAACCGCAUGGCGGAGUCUUAUCCGAGUACAACCUCGGAGCCUUCCACGACGCCCUGGCCAAAGUAGCCAACGACACUUCCUUACACGAGAGGUUCGGGCGCUCUGUGAGCAUCAGCGAGCGGUCCGUGGGCCAGACAAGCACAGCGCAGACGAUGGACACCCCUUCCGGGCUUAUAUCGGACGACAGCCAUCUAAGCCAGGCCGUUGACGGGUUGGGCUUCGACGAAGUCUUAGACGAUUUCGACUACGAUGAUAACGACGCCUUGCUGUACGAUGACCCGAUUAUUGCCGCGGCCAACGCGGAAGCGCUCGAGAAUGACGAUGACGGUUUCUACGGUCAAGAGUUCGGAUUCUACGCACAGUCUCUGGGGACCUGCAGCACGGAGCUCACCAACGGCGGCUACUUCGGUCCCCGGGGCGUCGAAGGGAUCUCGCGGAGCUUCAGCAGUCGGGGCAAGUUCCGCGAGCCCAGUCUCACCCCCAUCACCGAGCGCAGUGAAUGGAGCACGCGCAACUCGGUCAUCUCGCUGGCGGCUCAUGGUGCUACGAAUCCCGCGCUGCCGAGUCCUGGGCUCGCUCAAUUGGUCGACCUCGCGAGUAGUAUGGACGACGAGAUGUCCCUGAGCGCGUUGAUGCGCCUUCGGCGGGGCGCCUGGGGCGGGAGCAAUGGGAGCCUCCGCAGCAGCAGUGGCAGCCCCCCUCCCUAUCUCCAUACAUCGUCCAACCGCGCGAGCUACAUCUCCGAUGCAAGUCCCACGGUCCUGACUGCUCCCCCGGACGCAUUCGGUGGCUCUGGUGCCGCAGAGUCCCCCAUUGAGAGAUCAGAGAAACUGCGAUGGUCACAGACCUCCGCGGAACAGCGUCUGGACCCUUCUCUGGGCGAUGAAGAGAACUCUUCCAUCUGAUCGAGUAGGAUCCCCACUAUGUUGAACAAUUUGGGAAGUGAGAUACAGGCGAGACCACCGCGGUAUAUAACUCAUCUUGGUCAAAUUCUCAAGCGAUAUCGGUGACCUUUGCCCUAUAUACAUAAUGAUGUUGAUGCCCACUAUAUAAUACCUCCUUGCUGCGAAAGGCAGCGGCUUGUACUGUUCUGUUCUGUUAGCGAAUGAAACCCCGUGAUUUUGUCAGCACGCAUGGUCUGAUACCCGUAAGGAGGGUCUUCUGACACGACGCCGAUCGAAGUUUGUUGCUCUGGGUCUGGGGUCA